CAAGUAAUCAGGCAACCAGCCGGCCGUUGUUCAGUCAGUUCAGUUCUGCCAGUUUCGCUUCAAGUCCGCGUUUGUAUGUAGUGCACGGUACGCUCUUCUUCUCGCUCGUUCUCACACACUCGCGCAUUUGCUGCUGCUGCUGCUGUGCUCUGCUCAAGCCAUCGACCAUCGUCGUGGUUCCCGUGUAGUAUUUCGCCACCGCCGCCGUCUUGUCGUACUAUAUCGUGCUCCGUUCCUUGAAAGUUCCUUUUUUGUGUAUUAUAUUGAGGUUUGCAAAAUGAAGCAACAUUUGCUCAGCUAAAAAUGACGUUCGCGUUUUCGAUAGCCACGUUCCGUUGCGAAACUUUAUGAUAGGCUGGAGAAGGAAGUCAUAAAGUGAACGUGUGGAAUUGCUAAGCAUUUUGUUCGCCCCCAUCGGAUAAGAGAACACAGGAAUCGAGAAUCGUUGAAGGAUACACUGUGCGUGCCUAUGAAGGAUUUCUUUGAUCUGCUAGUGAGAAACAGUGUGUCGAGGGUUUUUUAAAAAGAAAAGUUAAAGUAUUCCAGUUUGUCAGUUCCGGAUCGGGCCCGUUCGGUUAGAAACCAAUCUCCAGAACGAUAGCGCUGAGCGCCACAGAAGUCUUAAGGGAAGGGUAGUGGAAUAUCUCUUGUCAUCGUGAACGCGAAACACAAAUCACCACAACUGCCGGUUACUAGCUAAUUCACCAUGGAGGACGGCCAUUGCAAGUCCGUCGAAGAAGUCGUUUCACACUUCCGAGUGGAUCCGGAAAAAGGUCUGAGCCUUGAUCAGGUUAAGGAAUAUCAGAAAAAAUACGGCCUCAAUGAGCUCCCAGCUGAAGAGGGAAAAACAAUCUGGCAAUUAGUCCUGGAACAGUUCGAUGAUCUAUUAGUUAAAAUUCUGCUGUUAGCUGCUAUUAUUUCCUUUGUCCUCGCCCUUUUUGAAGAACAUGAAGGUGUUGAAGCCUUUGUAGAACCUUUCGUUAUUCUGCUUAUCCUGAUCGCCAACGCUUGCGUCGGUGUGUGGCAGGUAGGUUAAAUCAUCGCAUCGCAAUGG